AUGUUUUAUACUCAUGCCAUCUUAACGAAACGUGGUCCAUUAGCUCGUUUAUGGCUAGCGGCACAUUGGGACAAAAAAUUAACAAAAGCUCAAAUAUUUGAAACAGACAUUAGAGCAUCGUGUGAAUCUAUUUUAGAACCUUGUUUGAAACUGGCAUUGCGUACGAAAGGUCAUUUACUAUUAGGAGUUGUUCGAAUUUAUUCUCGUAAAACAAAAUAUUUAUUAGCUGAUUGCAAUGAAGCAUUUAUCAAAAUUAAAAUGGCAUUUAGACCGGGUAUUGUCAGUACGAAUGGUGCUGGAGGCGGUGGACAAGAUGGAAAUUUAGCUUUAACACAAGAUGGACUCCAAGGAGAUCAACGAGAAGUAUCAAUUGCAGCUAUUACUCUACCAGAAAACUUCCAUGAAUUUGAUGGUCUGAUUGACUUGGAUAUAGAUUAUAUUGAUGAUCCAUCCCGUUUUCAACUUCACCAAGCUCGUGCCGAAGAAAUUACAUUAAAAGAAGAUUUUAUAACAGUACCCAUGCCACUAGAUGAUGAUUUUGGCGACUAUAUGGAUGACAGCGAUAUAUUCCGUAAAAAUCUUCAAUCCACUUUACACUAUAAUAAUUCAGUGGGAUACGAUGCAAUAAGAAAAGAUCACAGUCUAAUGAAUGGCGAUCAAGAUGAACCAUUUUUUGAUGAUAUUCAUCCACCUGCUUCAGUCAUAUCCGCAAUAGGAAUUGGUGGUGAUAAUUCAAAUUUAUCCGCACAAGAUCAGUAUGAUCAUGUCAUGUCACCAUUUGCACAAGAUGAGAUUUCUCCACUUGAUGAUCAUCAACCUCCUCCAGACAAUCAAGACGGAAGAAUUGAUCUUGUUCCAUCAGAUAACAAUCAUAUGGAUGUUGGUAAUGAUUAUCCUGCUUUACCUUUAUCCAAACCCGUUGCUUAUGAUAGAAAAACGCUAACAACUGGUGUUGAUGAUACUACGUUGCUCUCAAAUGCAUCAGAUGAAUUUGUUCUACCACCAAUUGCAACAAGAGCUCAGGAUGUUACUUUAACUCGUACUACACGUCAUGCAAAACGUAAGCGUAAAUUAUUAAUUGAUGAUAUUAAAGAGAUCGAUAGUCAAUCGAUGAAAACGCAAUUAAGUGAUACAUCGGAUAUUGUGGGCGUAUUGGAAUUAGCUCCACCAACGAGACGUUUGAUGCAUUGGAAAGAAACAGGUGGUGUUGAAAAAUUAUUUACAUUAACGGCAACACAAAUAUUUUCAAAAUCAUUACAACAAUUAAUUCAACGUAAUAUGAUAACAAAAUCAUUACUUGAUAUGCCAAAUUAUGUUAUAGAACCCGAUGAAUUAUCACAACAGAGUAUUGAUGAAGCAAGACGAGCAGCAAUUGGAGAUUUGAAUUUAUUACAUGGUGGAGAACAGUCUCUUAUGUUACAUGAUAAAAAUCAGACUCUAUCGCCGAGACGGCGAUCACCACAUAAAAAGAGAACAUUAUCCAAAGAUGAACAAGAAGAAGAAGAGCAACAACAAGACAAAAGACGGCGUACAGCAAUGGAACAACAACAGGACAUGCUACCACCACUAUGUGAUAUGUUGCCACCAAUGGAUUCCAUGUUACCUCCAUUGAGUGAUAAUUUGAUGAUGCCACCUCCAUCUGUUGAUCAAGGUGGACCACUAUCUGUAUCAGGACCUCCUUCAGUGCUACCACCACCGCACUCUCCAAUGAGACGUAGUACAAGAAAAAAUCAAAGUGAACAAAAAUCAACACCAUCAAAACGAAGAGAACGAAAAACAACAUUUAGAGAAGAAGAGGAAGAAGAUGAGGAAGAUGGUGAAACACCAACGGCACAAGACGAUUUUGAAUCUGGUCGUAAGCUAUCACGUCGUGGUCGUACAAUGUUACAAAUGUUAGAAAAAGGUUUUGAAUAUGGUGAUGCUGUAUCAUUUCAUAAUCAUCUUACAUCAACAUCAACAAAAUCAUCAAUAAAUCGUAAAGUUAUGGCACAAAAAUUUUAUACUCUUCUUGUAUUAAAAAAACUACAAGCUGUUGAUGUUGAACAAAUGGGACAAUAUGAAGAUAUUCUUGUGACAAAAGCAAAACAAUUUGAUCGACUUUUAACCAUUAAUGAAUGA